AUGACGGGCGGUUCUGAUUUCCUAUUUCGGUCGGGUUCAGGUGCAGCCCUGCCCCUCUCCACUCUCCAGAAGUCCAGAUCUACUCUCAACCCUCAACAAUACCACUCGGUCCAUGCCCACCGCCACCAGCCACCGCCAUCAAAUCAAUGCCGAGCCCCUUGUUUCCCGACGCAACUAGUCCGGGAACUUGAGGAUGAUGUUGUAGAUGUUGAAGAAGUUGAACUUGGAGGUAAUUCUAAUCCUCCUGUGUCUACGAAUGCCGAUGUUAUUGAUGUUCAAGAUGAUACAGUAGUUGAAGUUGGACAAAAUACUAAAAAUAGACUGAAAAGAAAGGUUCCACCACGAGCGCCUAAACCUAAAAAAGAGCCUGGAAAAAGAUAUAGAUCUCCUUAUUGGGAUCACUUCAACGAUAUUAAAGAGGAGGGGGUAACCAAAUGGGUUGAGUGUAAGUAUUGCAAUAAACGAUACGAGGCUGAAAGUAAAAAACACGGCUUUAGUAAUUUGAAAGCUCACAUCCCCGCUUGCCCACUAUAUCCUAAUAGAGACCAACAUGGACAACAAAACCUUUCAUUUCGACCCACAGACGGGGGCAGUGUUGACGUUGUGACGCAUGUCUUUUCUUUUGACGAUUGUAAGAGAGCUCUUGCCAAAAUGGUCAUCAUUGAUGAACUACCUUUUAGGUUCGUUGAGGGGAUUGGGUUCAGAAAAUUUUGUAAGGUCAUGCAACCUAAGUUCUCAUCGGUUUCUCGCCAAACGAUAACUAGAGAGGUUGGUACAAUUCAUAAAAAUGAGAGGGGAAAACUGAAAAAAUUCUUGAAGGGUCGUAGGAUUUGCCUCACGACUGAUACAUGGACAUCAAUUCAAAAUCUUAACUACAUGUGUCUCACUGCACACUUCAUUGAUGAUGAUUGGAAGUUGCAAAAGAGAAUCUUAAACUUUUGUCAAAUUGAAGAUCAUAAGGGAGUUACCAUAGGCAAGAAAAUUGAGUCAUUGUUGCUUGAGUGGAAUGUUGAUGGUAUUUUUACUUUGACGGUAGAUAAUGCAAGUUCGAACGCCACGGCUAUUGAGUACUUGAAAAGGAAAACAAUGGAUUGGAAAAGGACUGUCUUGGAGCAUGAGUAUAUACAUAUGCGAUGUUGUGCACAUAUUUUGAAUCUUAUUGUUGUUGAGGGGUUGAAAGCUACUAGUGAGUCUAUUCUCCAUGUUCGUGAUGUUGUGAGGUAUGUAAGAUCUUCUCCACAAAGAAUGGAGACUUUUAAUAAGUGUGUGGAGAAGGAGAAAAUUAAGUUGAAACAAACUGUGUGUCUUGAUGUGUGUACUCGGUGGAAUUCCACUUACUUAAUGUUAGAAGUAGCCAUCAAGUUUGAGAAGACAUUCCAAAGAAUGGGGGAGGAAGAUAGUAGUUUCAUAAAUUUUUUUGGCAUAAAGGAAGGCAAUGAGGAUUCGUCAUUGGAGUUGGAGGGCCUAGGUGGGAGCCAUAUGAUUAGUGUCCCAACUCCAAGAAAACCAACUGUCCCAAACAAGCUUGAUUGGAAGAAGUGUGGGUUAUUUGUUACAUUCUUAAAACUUUUUUAUGCUGCAACCAAGAAAUUUUCGGCUUCUCUAUUUGUCACAUCCAAUAUGUUCUUUCAUGAGUUGUAUGAGGUUCAAGUGAAGAUAGAUGAAUUAAUCGCCAACCGAGAUCCUUAUAUGUCUUCAAUGGCAAUUGAAAUGAAAAGAAAAUUUGAGAGGUAUUGGGGGGAUCAAGAGAAACUCAAUCCCCUACUUUAUGUGGCAGUGGCAAUGGAUCCCCGGUUUAAGUUAAGGUUGGUGAAGUUUUGCUAUACAAAAUCCAAAGGGAAGGCAGAGGGUGAGAAAAUGGAGAAAAAAGUGAAGGAUGUUUUGAACCGAUUGUAUGAUUCUUAUGCAAAAGAGGGUGAAGUUAGACAACAUGUGUCUAGUGCAAGUCCAAUGCCGAGAGUGGAGAAUGAGGAUUGUGAUUCUCGCUUGAAUUUAGCUAUGGAAUUUGACACUUACUUGGAGGAGGAGUAUUCUAGUGUUUGUUCCUCGGAGGUAGACAAGUACUUGGGAGAUUUGUGUGAACGUAGAGACAAUCCGAAUUUUGAUAUCUUGGUGUGGUGGAAGAACAAUUCCAACAAGUAUCCAAUCUUGUCAAAAAUAGUGCGUGAUGUAUUAGCUAUGCCCGUGUCUACCUUUGCUUCCGAGUCGGCUUUUAGUACGGGUGGUCGCGUACUUGAUCCAUUUCGGAGUUCACUCUCACCGUCAAUGGUCGAGACUCUUGCUAUGGAUAAAGUUGAAGAUCUUGAACGAGAAACUGGAAAUGUGUGUGACUGCAGAUUGAGAAAUGUGGAUAUUGGAAAACAAGGCUUGGACCCUUGGAUUGAGCUAUGGGGCAUGGCCCAAAAUAUUUAUAUUAAUCUUUGGGCCAUUUGGCCUGCUGAAAUGAUACGGCUGUAUCCUGGUAAAUCGAUUGCUUUAGCGAUCAAUUUGCCAGAGGACGCAGGAGGGGAUUCAAUGAUGGUGCAGUUCGACACGGAGAGAAUAUUAGGAACAAAGAUCGAGUAUGCUUGGAAUCCGUAUCAAGCCUAG